AUGAAGUAUACAAAUGUUUUGCUUCAAGGUCAUCCGCCAUCUGUUCAUAGUCAAGCUUUGAGAGAAGAUGGCCGUGACAACGUCCAUGAUGAGGAGCGCUCCAGUCGCCCUUCUUUGAUUACAUCAGAUGAUUUGAUAGCUUCAGUGGAAGGUGACCAUCACAGAGUCAAUUCAACUAAUGAACACAUUUCCAGUGGAUGCAAUCCUAAUUUUGCCGCUAUUAAGUUAUUUCAAUCUCCAGAUACUUUCUUAAAACAGAGAAACUUGAACAGCCAUGAGACUUUCAACUAUGCUUCUCCAGGAGGCACUACCGACAGCCGUAACAUUGAAAAGAAUGGAAUUCGAAGUGAAAGAAUGCUAUCCGAAUCGUUGAUCAACAGCUACAAGAGGCCGCCAACUGGCAAAUGCUAUAAUUGCUCAGAUCCUGAAUACUACGACAGAAAUGCCAUUCACUCUUGGGCUUUGAAUCAGUCAACGUCUUUAGAAAAUACUAGCAUUGAGAAUGGCAAGAAUUCAUCCAACAUCACAAUGCGAUCAUUUGCCAUGUCCGACUCCUACAACGGAAACGAUUGUUGUGGUCUCGAUGAUCUGGUAUCAAAAAUUGUUGAUGAUGAUCAGCUGAAUAAUGCUUUGCUUCAAGAACAAGCAGAACUUUUGGGACUAACUUUAAGUGAAGCUGCUUUCACUUCUUCAGAAAGCAAUAUGAUGGCUUCACAGAAUGGCAUGUGGACUGAUGCAAGAUGUAUGUCUGACAAAAAAAUGACUCGAGCUCAAACGAAUCUAAACGACUCGGACGGCAUCAAUGAUUUGGAGAAAUCGCAACACAUUGGCUCUAAUUUUUUUUUCAACUCUUUUGAUAAUGAUAACAAUGAUAUAACGACUCUGGGCUUUCAGAACAAAAUGCAUCAGGAAAAAGAAAAACUUCCAUCUUCUGAAAUUCCUGUGAUGAUGCUAAAUGGUGCUACUUAUAAUAAGGAUAAUGUAAGAGGAAAUUAUCGAAUAUUCAAACCUUUAUCAUCUUCAUCCAGUUCGAGUUCUGAAUCUCAAGGAGAUAUCAUACCAUCGAGUUUUAACCAAACUGUUCUAAAUAUUGGAAGUAUAUCUGAAGAACACGAUUUGUUUUCUACUGGGGGUCAGGUUAAUACUUUAAUAAAUUCGUGUUCAUCGGUAAAGAGUUCAUCAGUGAAUAGGAGCAGUCAUAUUAAUCAUAUAACUCAAGCUUAUCAAAAUUUUCCCAGAAAUCUCAGUUCGCGUUAUCAUUCUAUGCAAAAGCACUCGACUUCUUCACCAGCAAACUCUGAUAAUGAUUGCAUCUGUCCAUUGUAUGAAAACAUUUCAAACAGCAAUGUAAACUUUGCUUCACCUGUUCGAAAUAACUUAAAGUUGCAGUGUCAAAAAGUAAGCCAGUCACAGCCUAGUUCCCUUUAUUGUUUAAAACAGCCAGAUUGUUUUGCGCACUGCAACAGAGGAAAUGAAGCAACAGGUAUGGAAAAAAAUAUUUCAGACUACGAGAAGCCAAUAGUUGGUGCCCUUCAUUCAAAUCGAUUGCCCAUAUCACCCGAAGUUUUGCAACAUUUAUCUGCUCGAACCAUAGCAGGGCUUUAUGCAUUCGGUUUAUACCAUGAUAUGUUACAUGCCGAUUUAAAUGGUUACGAAACACCUUUCCCUCCCGGAAUCAAAUAUCCAUCUCAUUUAAUCGGUUCUUCUCAAUUGCCAGAUUCUAUUUUUGAAGUUUAUCGUCCAUAUGAUUUUGCGCAUAGAAGAGGUCCACCUUCUCUGUGUACUACUAAUGAUGUGUUUUUCGAUCCAGCCUCUUCCUCAUUUUUCUCUCUCCCUCCUACCUUCGUUGGAAUGCGACCACUCCGUCGUAGCGGGCCAUCAAAUGAACUGCACCUUCGGCUGGAAGAAUGUUACGAGCAAUUUAGACACUUGGAGAAGGAGAGGAAAAAAACUGAAGCCGAACUAGCACGCCAAAAUCCCGGGAAAAAAGUCUCCAGCACCAAUACUAUUCCCAUUCCUCGCUUAACAGCGAAUCCUUCUCGUGUUGAUCGACUGAUAGUUGAUGAGCUUCGGGAACAUGCUAAGGUUAUUACUUUAGUAGCGAAAAUGGAACAGUUGCGGAAGGUUGUCGUUCAUCCAAACAUUCACUUAACUAUGGAAAAGUGGCUCGACGCAAUACGAAAUGUUCAGGCAUGCAGACGAGAUGAAAUAAUAAAUGUGGCAAACCGUCAACGAAAUUCAACAAACAGAACUCAGGAAGAGAAAGACGUUGUAGCAUUGGCUGCAAGCAUCAUGGAACUCACUAAAGCUUCCCGGCAAGCCCGAACUUCGAUGUGGUGUUCCCUAAUCACUACCAUUCUGUUAGAUGUCGACCCGGAUGUCGCUACUGCUCAGUCCACCCCUCCUAAUAUCGAAGACAUCCUUGAAAAUGGUAACGAGCUCGUCACAACAAAUCCCUCGUCAAGCUCUAAUGUAACAGACCAAGAAAAAGCUGUUGUUGAUGAGCAGCAUUCCAGCUGCGUAACAAACCCUGCCCCCGAAAUCAAAGCCAUUAGUAGUGUCAGUGCUGACGAUCAGCCUUCUACAAUGUUAGAAGGUGCGCCAAAUUCACUUGUUGAUAACGUAGAGCAUCCUAAUCUGUAG